AAACAUUGGUACUCUUCUGUGUACGAAGCCAAGUGCCACAUAUGUACUUUUACUAACGAAAUGUGCUUAUUGGAAUUAUGUCUUGCUGUGAGCUUUUUAAAGUUUAAUUAACUGUCGGGAAAAUGAGUGCUCAUAACCAUAACAUAAUGCCUGAUUUGAUCAGCAGCAGUGUUACCGUAGAUAUUUCUAAUUCCGGUUACAACGUUCUAGGAAAUAAAGAAUCUGCCAGUUGUAUAGUACCAAAGUAUCAACCACUUGUAAGUACAAGAAAUACAGAUUUUUUUUUCUCGGUGUGUGAUGAGGCUCAGAAAAUUCUCUUAGUUGGUGCUAUAAAUGUUAUUGGAACCAUCAUCUUGUUACUAUGGUGUCAUUCUACAGGAAGCAUGGCUCUCACAGCCUACACUUAUCUUACAAUAUUUGACAUUUUCAGUUUGUUAACAUGUCUGCUUACACUAUGGAUUCAAUAUCAACGAUCAUCUUCUAUAUAUUCUUUUGGGUAUGAUCGGUUUGUUGUCCUAGCUGUAUUUGCUAGCACCAUGCUGGCACAACUUGGUGCAUUAUUCAUCAUCAAAGAAAGCAUUGAAAGAUUUAUUAUGCAGCCUGAGAUACAUACCGGUCGUCUCCUUUUAGGUACAAUUUUAGCAUUUGUUGUACACAUGGUUGUCACAUAUAGCAUUAACAACCGUGCAAUGAAUCAUGUUGUUGCCGCUUCUAGUUCCAGUUGGCUUCAAGAACAUAUGACAGAUAUGAGUGAAAGUUUAUGCCAUGUGAUACCAGGUCUGAGUAAACUCCUCCUUCCUCGACUCAACCCAUUUGCUCUAAUUGCAUUUGCUGGUGCAAUUGCGCUUUUCAGCACCCAUGUACUCAUUGAUGCAAAAAUGUACUAUUCUGCUGAUACAUGGGCAGCUGUAGCAAUUGCUUUAAUGACAUGGGGUACGAUGUUUCCUAUGAGCAUGUAUACUGGCAAGAUACUUUUACAGACUAGCCCCUCACACAUAAUUGGUCAACUUGACAAGCUUCUCCGAGAAGCUUCUACUUUAGAUGGAGUUCUUGAGUUUCGUCAUGAACACUUUUGGACUGUUUCUUUUGGAGUUUUGGCUGGGACUUUACAAGUGCGAGUCCGUCGUGAUGCAGAUGAGCAAAUGGUUUUGGCCCAUGUAUACAAUCGUUUGUCUAACUUAGUCUCGGAACUGACUAUUCAAAUAUUCAAAGAUGACUGGACUCGAUCAGCAAUGACCUAUCACUUACCUUCUACUACACCAUUCUCUUCAUAUCCUCCUCCUAUGACUCAAAGCCACUCUGCAACUUCUGUUAGUAAUUUCCCCAGACACAGUUCCCAAGAGAAUUUCUAUUUCAGCAAUGCUAAUAUCCGUUAACUGAACUAAAAUUAUUUAAAUUUCUCCCAUGUUUUCUUUUAUCUAAACUUCAUAGUUUUAAAGUGAUCUUCCAUCAAAAUUUCAUGCUGUUCUAAACACAAAGUUGUUGUACUGAAUUCAUCAUUAUUUUCAAAAUUAAUUUAAACAAAAGCAGUGUAUAUCAACAGAAAUAUGGUAACAAAAGGAUUAAAGAAGCAAAACAUCAUAAGUUCACUCACAAUUUUAUAACAUUAACUUACAUUAUUCAUAUAUCUUCCUGUAUAUUUUUUACUAUCUUAAUAAACUUUCUGUCUUGUAAAACUUA